ACUUAAUUUAUCAUUAUAUAAUGUGACUAUGUCAUAUGAGACGUACAUUUCCAUACAAGUGUGACUAAAGUGUCCAGAUACAUCUGGGGCCAUUAUGUCUGUACACUUUAUAAAUAAACGCCUUAAAUGUGAGCAAUUAUAGUGUUUCAUAAAUGACAUGAAAGAGAUCUUAACCAAAAGUCAUCCAUAUCACUACACCAGGGACACAACUGACGCAGUAUUUGACACGAGUCCAAGAGUAAAAUUGAGAUUUUUCAUGCUUGUAUUUGUAGUGACAGACCCUCUUUGUUUCCCGGUCCAGAUCAGUGGCAGAUUCCUGAAACUGGGGCGAGUUUUCUGGAAAACCAUCUCACCUGACACCAUGUGAAUACUUUAUGGAGGGGUGGGGGCGUGGGGCGGAUGGACGCGUCAACAUAAAUCAACCAUUUUUUGCCUCUGUGACUCAGCAAAAAGGUCUUUCAAAACUCAGUUGUCCAGUGUGAGACUUUUAAAUGUGUGCUGGACCUUCUACUUGUAAAUGAGCUGUUGUUUUUUAGCAGAAAUGGAUGUCCUGAUCUUGGGGUUUAUCGUACUGCAGGUUUUCACAUGUGCUACUUGUUAUCCAAAUGGUGCACCAGCUUCAGCGUGUGUGGAUAUGAUGCCAAAACAUAAAGACGUACAGCCGCAGCCUUCGACUGCUCCAUACACCAUCCUUCCCAGCAGCACAAGCUUUCAAACUGGAAAACCUAUCACAGUCGUAAUUAAAGGUCCAGACUAUCAGGGUGUGCUACUGGAGGCUCGAUCCGGCUCUGAUACCAAAGCAAUAGGAACCUGGCAGACGCCUCCAGCCAACACAAAGUUCUUAGCGUGUGCAGGAAACCCACAGGGCGCCAUUACUCAUGCCAACACCAAUAUUAAAGACAGCAACACCAUCUAUACCUGGAUUCCACCUGCUGCAGCCUCCAAUGUUUACUUUAUGGCCACAGUAGCUCAACAGCGCACCGUUUACUGGCUCAAUGUGAAGUCUGCUAAUCUAACCCAAGGCAGUGGAGGAGGAACUCAGCUUAAUGUUUCUAAUAGCGCUGAAACACAGAAGGCGGUGACUUCUUUCAUACUCGUCCUUCUUUUCAUCGCCCUGCUGGCAAAUCUUCAAUAAUGAAUAAAAAUAUAUGGAUCUUCUAGUUGAAGAAGAUCUAAAGUAUACUAGCUUAAAAACAUCUAUAAAAUAUGAAGUCAACAUUAAUGCUGUUUUGCCUGACUUUUAUUAAACUGGUCAUCUUGUUAAUGUUUUAUUUUUUCUCCAUAUUA